GAAACGUAUUAAUGUGACAGAACAGCUGAGCCCGCUGAAAAAAAUAUUUAUUGUGUUGACACCACAUUCCUGCAUACCUCUCCCCAUCUAAAAAUGUGUUUAAUGUGUUGACACCGACCAUGCACGGGACAGCAACCACAAAUAUCAUCAAGUAAUCGUGUAAUAAUCUCAAGAUCCAAUCUACUUAUAUCACAAAAAUGUCAGCGAGUAGAUUGGAUGCAGUCUAUCGCAGUAUACUUAUUACAAAAUUUUUCACUAAAGGAUGGGGAAAGCCUGAAAAUUUACGUCGGUUAUUCGAGUUUAGAAAAGUAGUAUCGAACCGAGAUGAAUGCUUCAAGCUCGUUGAGAGAGACUAUGCAGUUACAAUCACCAAGAAACAAAAACUAUCAGACUGCACACUACUGGAAGGGUACUUUAUAUCACCACUGCACCGCUAUCUGCCCGGGAUAGUGCCAGAAGUGGCUCAGAAGGCCCACUUCCAGGUGCUCCUGCCUAUCCACUGGCCAGAGAAGGGAGUUAAACCCAUGUGCUUGCAUCUGGCUGGUACCGGUGACCAUUUCUUCUGGCGGCGCCGGAAUCUGAUGGUGAAGCCGCUCAUCAAAGAAGCUGGCAUUGGCGGCAUCAUCCUCGAGAACCCCUUCUACGGCCUCCGGAAACCGACGGACCAGGUGCGGUCAUCUCUCCACAAUGUGUCAGACAUCUUCGUGAUGGGUGGUUGCCUCAUUCUGGAAUCACUAGUUCUGUUCCACUGGUGUGAGCGGAACGGACUCGGUUCUCUCGGCGUCACCGGACUGUCCAUGGGCGGUCAUAUGGCGUCGCUAGCAGCUACAAACUGGCCGAAACCCCUGGUGCUGGUGCCGUGCUUGUCCUGGUCAACCGCGUCUGCAGUGUUCCUACAGGGUGUCAUGUCACAAUCAAUAAACUGGGAUUUACUAGAAGACCAGUACCUCUCGGACGGCGAAUACCGCGAAAAACUCAGCAAAAUGGUCACCAUCGUCGACGAGGCUUUUCUAGCGGGAAAAAAAUUCGCACAGACCUACCACCCCUCCACCCAUCCCGUCUCCACCACCGUUGACAUGGCUAAAAAACUUGACGUAACUUAUAAGGAGACCAAUUCAGAAAACCCAGACAUCGUAGAUAUGACAAAGAGUAUGGUGGAGUCAAAUAAAAAUGUGCCAAAGAAAGAAGCGAAACCUUAUCCGAGGGAGGCUUUGAUUCAAGAGAUGCAGAGGCUUCUGGACGAGAAGAAAAUCAGUCAGCAGUUGUAUGAGAAGUUGUUGUCGAACGACAAGUUUGAGUUGAGGCCGCAGGAUAUUGACGAUAUCAACAAGUUGACGGAGGACAAGAUUAAUGAGAUAUUGAUGAAGUGUAAAAUUGCCGAUUUAAGGUCAAUAGGUAUUGUUGAAAACAAAACCGAACCAGCCAAAACCGGCCAACAGACCACUGGCGCCCAACCUAUUUUAAAACCACCAACACAACUCCAACCAGUCCCAGAGACCAAACUAGUAAAAGCCAAGAGUAAGUCCUGGACAGUCUCGGAGAUAACGUCGGAUCUGUGGUCCAAUCUGCCUUUCAUGAAGAGUAAGAGCGAGAAGAAGAUAGACUGGAGCAAGGUACAUUGGAGGGACAGAGAGGCACUGCAGUUCAUGAGAGGGAUCAUGGAUGAGUGCACGCAUUUAAGUAACUUCUCUGUGCCGUAUGACACUUCGUUGAUUAUUGCUGUGUGUGCGAAACACGACGCGUACGUACCAAGAGACGACGUGGGUACACUAGAGGAGAUCUGGCCCGGCGCUGAGGUGCGCUACGUGGACGCCGGUCACGUGUCCGCCUACAUCUUGCACCAGUCGCUCUUCAGGGCUUGCAUAAAAGAAGCAUUUGAAAGGUCAAAGAAAAAAUGGAAAGACGGCAAACAUAUUAACUGACGGUAGCUUUCACCUCAAACUAGAACUACAUAGUAUCUUCAAUAGGUAGCAAAUAUUCUCACUGUAACAACUAACUGGGCAUGGUUAGACCUUAUGCUUUUAUUAAUAAGGUUUACCAAUGACCAGUUACUUGUGACAACGAUGAUAUAUGCCUGAUUAAGGCGGUAUUCACAUUGCGGAUCCGCUUCCCGCUCCGGUGUGCAAGCGAGACAUCGCUAUUUAAAUCCAUUAUGCUGUCUCGCUCAUAUACUGGAGCGGAUUGCGGGUGCGCAUCAGUGGUAACCGCGGUACUUUUAGAUUAAUCGGUAAGCAAAGAAACAUAUUUUCAUAUUGAAGCUAUAAAAGCCAUAUAUAGGUGUGAUACGAAUUACGAAUACGAAAUUAUGCAAUAGCCUCCUAAGACCCAAGAUCCUUCUUAUAGUACUUCAACAGUUCGAUGAAAUUUAAACCAUAUUCAAAUGGAACAGAGUCGCUUUUGCUUUGUUUCGUUGCAUUUUCAAACAACGCAAAA